AGUAAGAUUGCAUGUGAACGGUGUAUGUCAAUGUGAUCACGAUGUAAGAAGUCAAAGCUGUUCUGUGGUCUCCAACACGCGUUUGGGAGCAGUCCGAAGCGCUUAGCACUACGGUCUCAGGGCUGUUCAUUUACAACAAGCAACACUUAAAGUGCCGGACCAUGCAACAGUUGGCACUCAGCAUCUUCAGAUUUUUUGUGCACAAAUAGGACAGCCAAAAGAGAGCCCUGGCGUAUAUACAGAAUCCUAUAGGAAAAACAAACAACAACAAAGCAUCAGUUGUUCAUUUCUGGUAUUAUUACUCUGAAGUCUGAAACUAGUUGGCACACAUUGGUUCUAACAGAAAUGGGUGUCGGCAAGAACACAACUUCGAAAUCUGUGGAAUCUGGUGCAGGAGCUGAAGGCAAAUAUGAAGAAGAAUCCAAGCACUCCUCUUUUUACCCCAUACCGGUAGUGGUGAAUGGAGUAGCCCAGGCCAAUGGAGAGCAGGACACAGAAGACACGGAGCUAAUGGCUAUCUACUCCAAAGAGAAUGGCACAGCAGAUAAGAGCUCCCUCUCAGAGACAAUGGACAGUACUAACAGCAUAGAUGCACAGCGAAUGGAUAUGAUUUAUACCAUUGAAGAUGUCCCACCAUGGUACCUCUGCAUCUUUCUUGGUCUACAGCACUACUUGACUUGUUUCAGUGGCACCAUUGCUGUGCCCUUUUUACUUGUUGAAGCCAUGUGUGUUGGAUAUGACCAGUGGGCCACUAGUCAGCUCAUUGGCACCAUCUUUUUUUGCGUGGGAAUCACCACUUUGCUGCAGACUGUAUUUGGCUGUAGGCUUCCUCUAUUCCAGGCCAGUGCCUUUGCUUUCCUUGCCCCUGCUAGGGCCAUUCUGGCUCUCGACAAGUGGAAGUGCAACACUACAGAUGUGCCUGUUCUGAAUGGUACUGAGCUGCUGCACACUGAACAUAUCUGGUACCCCCGGAUUCGAGAGAUUCAGGGGGCCAUCAUCAUCUCCUCCAUGAUUGAAGUAUUCAUUGGGGUUCUGGGGCUCCCUGGUGUUCUCCUUAAGUACAUUGGUCCUCUCACCAUCACCCCAACAGUCUCUUUGAUAGGUCUGUCUGGGUUCCAGGCUGCAGGCGAACGUGCUGGCAAACACUGGGGCAUUGCCAUGUUGACAAUUUUCUUGGUGCUGCUCUUCUCUCAGUAUGCUCGCAAUGUUCACCUACCCCUUCCAAUUUACAAGUCUAAAAAAGGAUGGACGGCGUAUCGUCUUCAGUUCUUUAAAAUGUUUCCUAUUAUCAUGGCCAUACUGAUGUCUUGGUUGUUGUGCUUCAUCUUUACUGUGACGGAUGUCUUCCCCCCAGAGAAGGACAAGUAUGGUUACUAUGCACGAACAGAUGCUCGUCAGGGCAUCUUGACAGUUGCACCUUGGUUUAAAGUGCCCUACCCGUUCCAGUGGGGCUUCCCAACAGUGUCAGCAGCGGGAGUUAUUGGCAUGUUCAGUGCAGUGGUUGCCAGUAUCAUUGAGUCAAUUGGAGAUUACUAUGCCUGUGCCCGACUUUCGUGUGCCCCACCUCCUCCAAUCCAUGCCAUCAACAGGGGAAUUUUUAUAGAAGGUCUUUCAUGUGUAGUAGAUGGCGUCUUUGGCACUGGAAAUGGUUCCACCUCCUCGAGCCCUAACAUUGGGGUACUUGGUAUUACAAAGGUGGGCAGCAGGCGAGUUAUUCAAUAUGGGGCUGUCUUCAUGAUUCUGCUUGGCACCAUUGGAAAGUUCAGUGCUCUGUUUGCAUCUCUGCCAGACCCUGUGCUUGGUGCCCUGUUCUGCACCCUAUUUGGAAUGAUUACAGCAGUUGGCCUGUCCAACCUUCAGUUUGUGGAUCUCAAUUCAUCUCGGAACCUUUUUGUUCUUGGCUUUUCAAUCUUCUUUGGACUGGUUCUGCCAAGCUAUCUGAAACAAAACCCUCUUGUGACAGGCAUUGCAGAGAUUGAUCAAGUCUUGAAUGUGCUACUUACAACAGCCAUGUUUGUCGGUGGCUCAGUGGCUUUCAUUUUGGACAACACUAUUCCUGGCACACUAGAGGAGCGUGGAAUUCGGAAGUGGAAGCGGGGUGUUGGAAAAGGGAGUUCUGAUGUCCAAGGAAUGGAGUCCUAUGACCUACCCUUUGGAAUGACCUUUCUUCAGAAACACAAGAUAUUCCAGUAUUUACCCAUCAGUCCCACAUUCUCAGGGUACAACUGGAAGCCUUGUAGAAAAAGGGGUCAUCCUCAAAGAAGGAGUUCGGAGAGUACCAUUGGAAAAUCAGGGGUAUAGCCAAAGGGGGAAUAGUCUGACAGAUAUGUUAGGUGGGUAUUGUAAACGGUUUUAAAAGCAUCUUCCUUUUAUAUUAGUAAGCAGAAGGUCACUUUUGUUUUUGUUUAGUGAGAAUAUUUGCUGCCAAAGAGAGAAAAAAAUAGAAAUAACCUAAUGGUAAGAGUUGAGACAAUCUAAUUACCAAGGGUUGAUUUUUGAUAAAACACUUGUUGGAUAUUUGACUUGUUGUGAUACUUGCACAGGAGCCUGGCAACAUUUUCAUUUCCAUGAAGUCAGCAUUUUACUUUUUAUUUAUCUACUCUAAAACAGAAUGCUAAUUGUAAUUCUGACUAUCAGUGCCAUAGUUUAAUCAAAUGUGGCUGUGCAGCAAGCAUGGCUUUGUAGCUGAGGACACUGUGUUACACAGUAGAGAUUAAUCUUGCAUAAUGUUAUAAAAUAAUAAUAAUGAUAAAAUGUUUACCUAAGUACAGGGGCUUGCUGCCUAGCCGACAGAAUCAAAUGGGCUGACCAGUGGAAGCCUAAUGCCCUGGAUCUAUUACAAUUUCUUAGAUGGACAUUACUUGCUGAGCCCUGGGCAUUAUUUUGCCUCUAUUUUAUGAGGAAACCUGAGGAAGUGUGAUGCUUUUAAAACUGUUACAAAUGGUUACAAGGGUGACAAUGCUUAUCUGUCACUGUUUCAUUUUGUCAGUUUUUUGUACAAUCUGAAGACCUUUUGUAUUUGGUCCAUUGUCACCUUGACCUUGAUUUAUGCAUUAAUUUAAUGGAAAGAAAGUGUGCACCUUACUGGAGGCAUUUUGUGCCCUUUAACUCUACUGGGUACAAAAUGCAGAAAAAAAAUUUCAACAAGCAUGUUUGCCUUUAUUUUUAAAGGCUAAUGUGAAACACUGCACAAGAGAAUGCAAGUUGGCAAAAUUUCUCAGUUCUUGGGACCUCACUGCUAAAACAUUCUCUGUUUUAACAGCUUUGUUAACUGUCAAUUCAGAGGUUUAUUUUUUAUUGUUAAGUUUGUUUUUUUUUUUUGUUUAAAUAUGACUUUUGCACAUGCAUCUAUAUUUAUUCUUGGUUAGACUGAAAAUCAGCCACCCAUUUCCGGAAUUGCUUACAAGGCCACCUUUUUGGAGGCAUUUGCUCCACAGACAGAUAGAGAAACUGUUGUAAGACAUGGGCCAUUUCAUUUUUUUUUUUGACCUAAUGAAGCAUAUAUAUUGUCAGAUACAUUAGCCAUCUAUAAACUCUCACACAUCUACACCUCCAUAUUUUUCAAUAUAGACAUGGUUUACUGAUAGACUUAGACAAAUUAUUAGUACCUGAUAAUUGCAUAUUGUUGGACCUUUUUUAGUAAUUUAUUAACACAGAUAAUUCCAUAUUAGUGAUAAAAUGAAGUCAUUUUUGGCAUUUGUUACAAGCAGUACCUUCAAAUAGGGGACAUGAAUAAAAGUUGUAUGAUUUUCAGGCUAGGAAAAUGCAGAGGCUUCUUUCGAGUACCAAAGUCAGUGUGUCUAUAAAAUUGAAUAGAAUUUUCGAGAAGCUGAAAACGGUGGCCGUGCACGUCUGUACGCGCAGUGAAAGGGUCUGUUUUUGAGGACAUUUGUCAUUGUCGUGUUUAUAAGGUUACAACAUCUGCUGCAACUUCUCCUACUUUUACACUUGUCCAGACAUACAAAUGUAAAUCUAAACUCUCUAUGCAUCCAUUAUAAGAAUCUACUUAUUCCAUUUUGUCACUGACAUGUAAUCCACACAACUGAAAAGUCUAAAACAUACCAUGACAUUUUGACUUCUGGUAUACCUAACCUAUCCACAUAACUAUAUCCCCAUUAUAGAUGUGUAUGUUUUAAGCAUUAAUCUGUACACCUACUUAAAGUCAAGGGAAAUUUUGAAUGAAUAACAAACAUACACACUUUCAUGUAAAAAAACUGCUUCUCCGAAUGCUCUGCAUGUAUGUAUCUGCACAGAUGGGUAUGAGGUCAGUUUGCAAAAUUUGUCUUGCGUAGGUAGGUUAUGUUGGUGUUUCUCAGUAUGUUUUUAACAGUUUGUCACUGAGUUGCCUUUUCCUCGUUCGUUUUUGCACAUCUACACAUAAACAAACGCACAUCAGUACAUUUCAAGUGGCUGUUCAGUAAUGUGUUGAUUGCUGUCUAUCCUCCGGCCUUUAUCAAACAGGUUUCUCCAUCUUGCUGACAGGUCAUUGGGUCAUUACACACACGUGCAUUUUUCAGUUUUAUUCUCUUUAUAUGCAACCUAGCUUUAACUCUGGCUGUGAUGUAUUAAGUGUUAAGUAAUAUAACAAGAGAAAGAUACAGACAUAUAUACAAGUAACCUUUGAUGUCAAAUGUGAAAAUUCGACAUUGCAGCAAUAAUUGUUUUCGAAAGAAAAGAAAAAAAAAAAAUAAUCCUGGACCAUUCUGAUCUACAACUUUCUUUGAUAAAAGUUUCUUAAAAUGCAAGGUUUGGAUCUUGAUGAUAAAACAGCUUUACAUCAAAGCUUGCAGCUAGCUAAUGUCUGGCUCCGUGACAUUGUGGUCUUCAUGGGCUUCAGUUGUUCUUGUGCUGGCUAAGAGCUUGCGUGCACACAGAGCCCUGCUGCCAGGCCAAACGUAUAGUGCAUUUAGAUAUGCAUACCCAGGGUUCAACUUGUAUUUUUACCCCCUCACUUUGCAAUUGUGACAGUAUGGAAACACUGCCUUAUAUUAAUCCUGCAGAGCAGUGCUUUCUGGUGAGGAUUCAGAUGUUCUGUACUUUGUAUUUAUUCUUGUAGAUUUAGCUGAAGAAUAGUUGGGACCAUGUCUGCCCAUAGUGUCUCCAGGCUUAAAAUGUUAAAGCUAUUUAUUUGUUUUACUGUAUUUAAUGCUGUUAAUUCUCUGGUAACAACUAGGCUGUGCUAAAUAUAACUAUUAGAGGGGUGGAGGUAUGUAUAUACUUGCUAUUUAUCUCUUUAUACAGAUGUAAUGUAUAAUAUUCAGUCACCCCUUGCUGUAUUGAAUUUGUUUUUUUUUUUCUACUAUCAAAAUUUUUUUUAAAAGAUAUAAUGUAUGAAGAACAGAGAAGCAUUGUUGGUUUCUCUGACAAUCCAUGUAAAUGAUGUGUUUUGGAGAGGGAGAUUAACCAUAUUGGCUUAAAUUAAAUCUCUGUUAACUGGGUGGCAGUUAGCUGCUUGCCGACUCCUGUGACUCUCUUGCUAGGGAGCACAGCCGGACAGCGGGCGGCGUGAUUAUCCCCGUAAGAAACUCCAGAACUGAAUUCGUUAGCUGCUCUCUUUGACUGCCUUCCCAUUGGGGAGGGCAAUGAGAAGGGGGAGGAGUCCACACUGGAGGCUCCCGAGGCAAUUGUGCUCGCUGUCUUGCUAGGAAGCGGGUUCUCCGACAGCAUGAGACUGUUGCUAUGGUAAUGCCGAGCACAGUAAUGUGCGUCUUUUCUCAGAAGCUUUUCUUUUGGGUAGAGGAGGAGGAAAAGGAGGAGAAAAAAAAGAAAAGAUUUCAUUUCAGUCCUUGGACUGUCCUAUUCUGUUUGUGAAACUUGGGGUUUGACCGGAUAAAUCAAUUUAAAAAAAAAAGAAACUAAAAUGAAUGCAGAAAUUGAUUAUGUGGACUCCUUUAGUUUACAAAAUUCACUGAGUUGGUGCUAAAGACAGAAAGGUCACUGGCUCCUUCCUUUGUGAAAAGUAGCAUACUGUAUGCAUAUCUGAAAGGAGCGAUGGUUUCCUUAUUGUUUGGUAUGUUUACGUUGGUUGUUUUUUUUUUUUUUUAAUCAAAACCUGGGCAUCUUACUACCUUGGCAGUAUACGGGAAUGAGGUAAUGACUUGCAUCUAAAGAUGAAACAUCAAAUUAUACAUUUCAACAGUUGUUUCUGAUAGCAGCAAUACCUGGAAGGGUCCACCACAGAUAGCAAGACUGGCAAAUGUGGGUAUAUACUGAAAUCAUGCAAACUGUACGUAGACCGUAUAGUAUGAAACCUUCUACAAGGAAAGUUCCUAAUUCCUGGAAUGCUUAGUGCAAGAGAGUGAAUUCAGCCACAAAACAAUGUGUCCAGUUUGAAAUAUUUCAAUAUACUGGGUUUGGUUUUUCCAGGACGCUUUAGAAGUAGCCAAAUAAGUUUUCCAUACAGGUAGGUGGCGUGAACCUCAAGAUCUUACUAAAGCCUUACUGGGGUGUGUUUGUGGAAAGUGCUGUAAGAUAAGGAUGCCAGACAUAUUCCUUCCCAGUUAGAGACCUACUACUGCUAUAAAUGCAUCGGCUUUGGGUAACUCUGUAGGAUUACAAAUCUUUUCAGUUAUUUUUAACUAAUAAAGUUGGCUUUUGACUCUUAAACUGAUUUUUUUUCUAUGAGCUGUCAAUUAACAAUGUGACGCACAUAGCAAGAUCACCAAGAACAACUUACUGAGUUACUCUUUUUUUUUUUUUUUUUAAACUUACUACUUGUCUUAUACUAGGCAUUCUUUGUAAAUGUCUACUAUAAGAAAAUCUGCCAGCCAGUUUGCCACAACUGGGUGACCUUUUGCCUCCUUAGAGGCAGAAUCUAUUCUCGUCACGUAGAGCCAGCACAGCUGUCUAGCUUUGCAAAUAGCAAUGGGCUGUUGUUUUUCAGACUGUCUUUGAAUAGAAAGCAUAAUAAAUAAAUAAUAGGCUCUUUUGUGGGCUUCGACACCUAGUAAUGAGAACCCAAGGCUCUUGGUCACCUGGAACGCUGGCAGCCCCAACCUAAACAGCAAGCAGUUUGCAUGCAAGACCUUGCGUUAAAUGCCUGAACGUCUCGCUUUUAUUCUUAUACACCUCGAUCAGUGAGCCAAACAACAGCUACAUUUUGUGACGUGUGUUCAGCCGGAUAAAUCAGCUGUUUCAAACCAUCAAGUGGAUGCUUUUCAGCUGUUGUACUAAGCAUUCAGACUCUUUCUCAUUCUUGAGGGUGUUUGGUUGUCAAUAAAAUUGAAAAGGUGCAAAUCAUGGCAUGAGGAAUAUUAUUCCUGUAUAAUUGGAAUGCUGCUAGUAUGUCAUAUCAUUUUACUAUCAUCAAAGGACACUACUUGCCCUAUUUUGCAUUUUUUUUUUUUUAGCCUCCCCAUUCUACUUUCCUCCUCAAGACUUCUUAAAUGAUUCCAGGGGUUUUAACACAAAAAUGCAGUAUUGACGCCAUUCUAUUUGACCUUUUUUUUUUUCUUUUGUUAUAAACUGAAAGCUUAAGUUUUGUGAUGACAGUAGUAUGUCCUGCUAUAAAAUGCACCUUUUCUCCUUGUAUUACAGAAAAUUAAACAAGCUUGUGUUUUAGAAAUAAAGUAGUUCUAUAUUGUUCAAUGAAAAUGAUGAGCUGUUGUUCUUUUGUCAGAGUUUUUCAUAAUGUAUUUUUCUAACCAUGCCUUGUUUAUCACAUUUAAACAAAAUGCAAAUGGAAAUAUAUUAAAUAUGUGCUAUUAACUUGGACCAGACAUUGUGCAUAAUAGUAUUGAAAAUGAUCUGUUUUAUUCCAUAUUCCUAAAAGCUGUCUAUUUAAUAAAACUUAAACAAUUCAGUUUGAAAUGAA